GGCUACCGGAACCCAGUCAGCCCGAGCCCUCGGCGGGCCUCAUUUUCCCCAGCCUCCCCGCCAGGCGCCGGGAGGCUGAGGGCCGGGGUCCCAGGGGCGCAGCCCCCCGCGGCUGCGCGCUGGGCCGGGAGGAUGACAUCACCGGGCCGGGGGCGGGGAGGAACGGGAGGGAGCGGAGGGCCUCCUCCGCGCCAGGCGCAGCGCCCGGUCGGGCUCGGUCGGGCGGCCGCGGCCAUGACGCAGGGUCCCGGCGGGCGCGCGUCCCCCGCGCCCCCUGCGCCCCCAGAGCCCGAGGCGCCCACCACCUUCUGCGCGCUGCUGCCGCGCAUGCCGCAGUGGAAGUUCGCGGCUCCCGCCGGCUUCCUGGGCCGCGGCCCGGCGGCGGCGCGGGCGGCGGGGGGCGAGGGGGCCACGGGGGGCGCCGACCCCCAACCCGAGCCGGCCGGCCCUGGUAGCGUCCCGGCUCUGGCGGCCGCGGUCCUGGGCGCCUGCGAGCCGCGCUGCACCGCAUCCUGCCCACUGCCGGCGCUCAGCCGCUGCCGGGCCGCCGGGGCGCGUGGGCCGCGGGGCGCGCGGGGUGCUGCUGGGCCCCCGGACGCCGCUGCGGCCGAGUGGAUCGGCAAAGGCAGCUUCAUCCACAAGCCGGCGCACGGCUGGCUGCACCCAGACGCCAGGGUCCUGGGGCCCGGGGUCUCCUACAUCGUGCGGUACAUGGGCUGCAUUGAAGUCCUCCGCUCCAUGCGCUCCCUGGACUUCAACACUCGCACCCAAGUCACCAGAGAAGCCAUCAACCGGCUCCAUGAGGCAGUGCCCGGGGUCCGGGGCUCCUGGAAGAAGAAGGCCCCCAACAAGGCGCUGGCCUCAAUCCUGGGCAAAAGCAAUCUGCGCUUCGCUGGCAUGAGCAUCGCCGUCAGCAUCUCCAUUGAUGGUCUCAACCUCUCGGUGCCUGCCACGCGCCAGAUCAUCGCCAACCACCACAUGCAGUCAAUCUCCUUUGCAUCUGGCGGUGACACGGACAUGACAGAUUACGUGGCCUAUGUGGCCAAGGACCCCAUCAACCAGAGAGCCUGCCACAUCCUGGAGUGCUGCGGGGGCCUUGCCCGGAGCGUCAUCGGCACUGUGGGCCAAGCCUUCGAGCUGCGCUUCAAGCAGUACCCGCACAGCCCCUCCGAGGUGGUGGCGCCCCCAGACAGGCUGACCGGGCUGGAGGAGUCAGCCUGGGGGGACGAGGAGGACCCGGAACACAAUUACUACAACAGCAUCCCGGGGAAGGAGCCGCCCGUGGGCGGACUGGUGGACUCCAGACUGGCCCUCACGCAGCCCUGCGCCCUCUGGGCCCUUGGCCAGGGAGCAUCUCCUGCUCGAAGAGACGCCUGUGGCCUGCAGUGGGACCUGGGCCCCUCGGGUAUGGCCCCACCGGGGGACGGCUACGUGCAGGCAGAUGCCAGGGGGCCCCGAGACUAUGAGGACCACCUGUAUGUAAACACGCAAGGCCUGGACGCCCCGGAGCCCCUGCAGCCCGAGGACAGCCCCACGAAGGACCUGUUUGACAUGCGACCCUUCGAAGAUGCCCUGAAGCUGCACGAGCGCUCUGUGGCAGCGGGCGCAGUGGCAGCGCCCCCUCCCGUGGAAGACCAGUGGCCCAGCCCCCCGACCCGCCGGGCACCCAUCGCCCCCACGGAGGAGCAGCUGCGGCAGGAGCCCUGGUACCACGGUCAAAUGAGCCGGCGGGCGGCGGAGAGGCUGCUGAGAGCCGACGGGGACUUCCUGGUGCGCGACAGCGUCACCAACCCCGGGCAGUACGUGCUCACCGGCAUGCACGCGGGGCAGCCCAAGCACCUGCUGCUCGUGGAUCCCGAGGGCGUGGUGAGGACAAAGGAUGUGCUGUUCGAGAGCAUCAGCCACCUCAUCGACUACCACCUGCAGAAUGGGCAGCCCAUUGUGGCUGCUGAGAGUGAGCUGCACCUGCGAGGCGCCGUCAAGCGUGAGCCCUGAGCAAGGUGAUGGUUCUCAGCGCCUGGUUCCUGUCCCUGCUGCCCACAUGCCCCUGCUGUGGCCUUACGAAUCCUCACCCUUUCUCUGGACCCUGGUGAGGCUGGAACCGUGUCUCACCUUCCUCCGCACGAGCCUGUGGAAUUGGCCUUCUCCAGCUGGCGCUGGGCUGAACUGACCAGGCCAGGAGCCCAGGCCCCCCACCUGCCCUCAGGCUUCACCUCCUGGAGGGAGGGUAUAUAUACCAAAGACAGAACCUCUUUUUGCCUUUCAGUAACAAAAAGCAGCCCUCUGUCUUGGAGCCAGCCAGGUCCCUGGUGGGGAAAGGAGGAGCUUCUGUUUGCCCAGCUGGACUUCAGCUUAUCUCCCUGGAAGGGGAGGAUUCCUAAUUCCCUGGCAUGGAGAUGGAUUCCUGUCCUAGCUGGGCUCAAUUUUUCCACAGGAAAAAUCGAUGCAGUUGUCUUUUGGGGAGAAUUGAGGUGGUUUGGGUCCUCAGGCUGGGGCUCGUGCUGAUGUUGACAUGGGGGCAUUCUUGGGGCUCACCCAGGAUGAUAGGGGCAUCUGGGCAGCUCCAAGGGGAUUGACCCAUGGGGACGGUUGCAAGGCCACCACCCUCCCAGCUGGCUGUCUGGACUGAACAUUUGGAAGCUGUUUGUAAUUAAAUCUGGGAGUGACCAGGAGCAGGGCUGGCCUAACUGCACAUCAAGGAGCCCUCCUGGGCUGGGGGGCUGGGGGCAGAAAGCCAAGGUGGCGUCUGGUGCGGCCUCUCUGGUGCCGGAGGAGGUGGGGGCUGAGCGAGGCCUUGGAGACAGAGAGGAAGGAGCUGGGCCCGUGGGGGUGCCCCUGCUGGGGGUGGGGAAGGCAGGUCACCCUCCCAGAAGCCCCAGUGCCGCUCAGAACAUGUUUUCAUCCCAAGAGAAGGCACACCCCGACUUCCUUGGAAACAUCCUGGUUCCUCUCAAACGUUACAAAUCUCUCUCUCUCAUGUCAGCCCGAUUUACCUUACCAGGCAAAAAGCCCCUUUUUCCCUUCUCCAAAUGGCUCCUAUCUUUCCCCUAAAAACGGCCAGACUUCCCGGGGCCCAGCUGCUCUCUUGCCCAUGUUCUCGAGAUGUUCUCUCUCAGAACUUCCCCUCCAUGUGGCCCUCAAAGGCCCUCCUUCCCCUGAGGCCAGCCUCCUUCUGUAGUACCCUGACUUCUGUUCUCCAGACCCUCCCUCACAUGAUUGCUAAGACCCCCGUCUCUUCCCAGGACCCUCUUCUAACUCCUCCUACAAAUAUGGGGGUAUCUCCUCCACAGAGGUCCCUGUCCCCUGCCACCUCCCCCGCAGGGUCACCUCCCCCCCCAGGGUCACCUCCUCCCCAGGCCCACAUCUCUGGGGAGGGGUUGUGCUUUCUCAGUCAUCAGGCCCCACCCCGUGCCCAGGGAUGGGUCUGGGAGCUGGGAGCCCGGCUCCUGCUAGGUCCUCUACACCUGUCUCCUGCCCUGUCUACCUUCAAUUAUUCAGUUAACAAAGGUUCGAAUUCUGCUGUGUAGCCUUAGACUAGUCACUUCCCUUCCCUGACUUGGGUGUACUGCAGAGUCAGGCCACUUCCUUGUGCCUCAGUUUCCUUAUGUGGGAAUAAGGGAUGAUGACCUCCCCCACCAAUGGGUUAACCUGAGCCCUGUGGGGCCCAGGGCCCCUCCUGCAAACCCAGGAGCUUGUGGACAGGCCAUCCACUCCCCUUUUCCAGGGGAGAAGACAGGACUCAGAGGGGAAGCCCUCGCUCUGAGCUGCAGGGGCCCAGGGUGGCUCCUCAGGGCUGGAGCCCACAUCUAAGGCCUGUUUUUCUUCAAGCCACCUUCCUGUGCUUCCUCCAAGCUGGCCUGCUGGAUGCCGCCCACAGGGAGCAGCCUACCACUCAAGCCAGGCUCCUGCCCACUUCGUGUGACCCAGCACCCGCCUCCCACACAGCUCCCCCCAUGUACAGCGGGUCCCUGGGUGGGGAUUGAGAACAGAGAUCACCCAGCAUGAGGUGCUGGGACUCAGGGUGGGAAAGGCUGGUCAGAGCUGUCUGGGCCCCCCGUCCCCAGCUUGGGUCUGAGGCCAGCAGCCUCCCAUCUCUCAUUCCAGAAAGGCUGCAGCUCGGGUGGGGUGUAGGGUGAAUCUUGGGGUUUGGGCCACAGGGCUCUCCAGAGGUUCUGUUGACCAGGAGAGGCUCCUGACCACAGAGCCAGCUGGAGCCCUAACCCUACUCCCACCCCUCCCAUGGUGGGACCGCAGCAGCCCACAGGGCAGGUGUUUGGGACCCACCCUCAGGUACCUUUUCCCUCUGGACUUCAGUUUGUUCAGGUCAGGGUUCUGGGAUUCCCUCCAAUGCCUGGCAAGGCCUCCCCCUGGGUGUUCCCUUCCUCACCAGGAGCAGCGUGGUGAAAUGUGGACAGCCAGCACUUAACACUGCAUGUUUUCUAUGCCCUGUUCUAAGCACUGUGCAGAGUAACCUGUUGAAUCCUCACUCUGAUGCCAUAAAGCAGGAGCACGUUUAUAUCCAUGGGCCGCCAAGGAGACGAAGCCACAGAGGAGUUUGGACACUUGCUAGAAGACACUAAGCAAGAAGUGUUGGCAGCGGGAUUCAGACCCAAUCUAGGAGCUCCAGAUUAGUGUCCUAGCUUCUCAGCACAGAAUAAACUCACCCUCUCCUCUCCCAACCCAAUGAGGAGGGGAGAACCUGCCCCUAGCUGGGCAAGGGUGAGCAGGGAGUGAAGCCCCCAAUGCUCAGGCUGGCCUGUCAUCAGGACACCUGGCACUGUCCCUCCUUGAAGACUCAAGCACUUAUUUCCCCCUCCUGGACCCUGGUGUCUCUCCAUACAACAGAGGAAGGUGGCUCAUGGCCCCCGAGCCCCGCUCCUGCCUGCUGUACUGGGGCACUUAUUCAUUCGUCUGGCAGAUAUUUAUUAAAAACCACAGCAUCCUGGGGAUGCUGCAGGAAUAAUCAACCAAGCAAUUGCUCUAGGGCAUUCUUCAUGAUAACUGGGGUUGUGAUGUGGGGCUGGCCCAGGCUCGCAAGCACAGUGGGCUUCCUGGGGGCGGCUGUGAAAUGCCACAUUCAUUGGUUUGUGCCUUGUCUGUCAUACCGUGUGGCCAUGCCAGCGUUGCCCCAGCAUAAGAGGGGGCUCAGUGUUUGCUGGAUGAACAGAACUGAGACAGACCUUUUUUGUGGAGUCAGAGUCAGCUCUGAGCCUCGCUUUCCUGACCUGGACAAUGGAGUUCUAAACCCCACCACACUGCCUGGCCCAGUCGGGGUGCUGGAGGGUCAGGGCUUCCAUCCGGCUCCCCACUGCCCCCAGUACCGCUUCUGCUGUUGAAUCAGAGGUCACUCCAGGCAAGCCCCCAUCCCAGCUGGGAACACAGGAGGGUCCCAGACGAUGUUAACUGGACAGAGCCCAGGAGUCCCUUUGGGUCAGUCCUGGUGAUACUUAACCUUGUGGCGUAUCACCGACACUCCAUCCAGAACAGGUUGGCCUUGGGUUCCAGAAGGGUAAACUGAGGCUGGGAGUGAGGGAGCAAGAAUCCCAUCCAGAGGGACCUGUGGUCUCAGGAG